AUGAACGGAAACCUAACUACUUUCAUUUCUUCUGUUAUUUAUGGUAUUCCAUCCGUAGCACUUUAUAUCACAACUUGCAUAGUUAUUAUCAAAAACAAUAAAUUAUUUGAUUCAUCGUUUUACCAAAUUUUUAUGUUUGACGGAUUUAUGAACAUUUUCACCUACAUAAUGGGACUCGUCUUCAUGCGACUUACCAGUAUAACGUGUUAUAACUGUUUGAUGGCACCAAUUUUCAGACACAUAGGUAAUUUUUUGCCCUUAACAUUUAUGGGUACAAUGGCUUAUCAUAUGGCAUAUGUUCAAUACGCUUUAACAACUCUUGUUUCUUUGAAUCGGUUGACAGUAUUGUUUAAGUAUAACAUUUUCGAACCGAUUUGGAAAAAAAUUACAUGGUUAUUUAUUCUAGUUGCUUAUUUUGUUCCCUUUCUCAACACUCAUAUUAUUUUUCAAAAUAAAUUCACAAUUGACUAUCUCAACGAAAGCGACUCUUACACAUUGCAAACCCCAAAUAUGCCAUUCAUAGAAAUUUACAAUGUAUUAAUUCCAUUUAUGUGCAUUUGUAUGGCAAUUUCAAUUCUUUCCAAUACUACAAGUGUCAUAUUUUUACGAAAUCUGAAUAUUCAAAGAAAAAAAGCGGAAACAAACUUUUUACUCAUAAUGUCUAUAACAUGUUUAGUCCAACUUAUUGGAACAAUAAUUUCUAUUGCUUUAUUGAAGUGCAACUAUUGUUCUAUGUUAUCAUAUCUUACAAUGGUUCUACCAUUUGUUAGUGACGGUUUAUCUUUGGUGCAACCUUGGCUGUUGAUUUGUUUUAGUAAAACUAUGAGAAAAGAAAUUUUGAUAUUGUUUGGUAUAAAACCUAAAGCAACGAUUCUCCAAGUACGAUCUUUGACAAACUAA